AGUCCAAACCGAAUCUCAGAGCACCGGAGACUUGCCCUCACCGCCUGGCACCAGCGGACUGUGUGAUCUGUUGGGAGAUUGGCCCCUCCUUACAUGCUGGGACGAGAACUGUGGAUGUACAGCAGGACAGGAAGGCCAGGAACCAGCUCAGGGAGUGCCACCACCAGAUCUGACACACCAGCCCACCUGGACUGAUUGCCAGCAACUCCCCCUAACCCUGUUCAACACUGAGGAGCACCAGUGGGUUACUCAAGCCGCCCUACAAUGGUUGGAAAAAAGUGCACUGGCCAGAAUGCUCAAUCCCCAGGCUUACACCCUCAACCAGUUCCCAGGAGAGGGUCCCCAGGGGGACCUGAACUCAGAAGCCGGGCUUGCCUCAAUCACACAGCACCAGGAGGCCCUCUUAAAGGGCAUAAAAGAAGAAAAGGACCAUGAACAUGAGCAAAACUUCAGAGGCACUCCAGGGGCCAGCAGAAAGCCCAAUACAGUUCUACAAAUGGCUUCUAGAGUAUGGGGUCCUCUGAUCUAGAAGCCAGAGCCUUGGAACUCGCCUCUCCUGCUUGUCCAAAAACAGGGCGCAGAUGACUGCUGGCCAGUUCAAGAUCUGCAAACAGUAAACCAGGCCACUGUUACCCCACACAUAGUUGUCCCAAAUCCUUACAGUCUCUUGUGUCUUGUCCCCACCAAAGCAACCUUCUUUCCAUGUCUAGAUCUAAAGGAUGCCUUCGCCUGCAUCUGUCUGGCCCUACAGAGCCUGCCAGUUUUUGUGAAAAUCCAGAAAAUGGUGACAAAGGCCAGCUGACUCGGACAAGGCUACCCCAAGUGUUCAAAAAUUCCCUAUUUUCAGCACAGCUCUGGCCACUGACCUGAAGGCCUUCCCUGAGGGCCAACAUGGCUGUGUAGUAUUCCAGUGUAUAGAUGACCCACUGUCAGCCAGCCGAACAUAGAAAGGCUAAAUGGA